GACGCUGAUAACCGAAAACAUGGAUUACGGGAAAGGAAAGACUGUGGUAGGCCUCUCUUUCGAGAUGGGAACGUUGAUGUACGCGCUGAAGUCCGAAGCGUCCGAUGUCGCCUCCAGUGUCUACGGCCAGUGCCUAUAUUUCGGCAUGACUACUAGAUCCGCGGUUUGUGGGAAAGCGACAAGCCCUACAUUGAUAAAGGACCCCUACUUCACUUACGGCUCAUUCGUCUCGGAUGGAACAAAAUCGGACGUCGCCUAUGCGGAAUAUCACACAUCAGGUCGAGACAAGUGGCAAAAAGCCCGCCGGGCACUUGCGAAACCUCGGCGCCGUCUGGCAAUGCUGUUCUACAACGUGCACCUGGAGGACAUCAAAAGGACAUGCAGCGCCGAACCUUUCAAAGUCCUUACCUAUACUUGCGAGGCCUUAAAGGGUGCAGGGAACUGCAAUUAAACAGGCAUAGCCGGGCGGCUAUAGUCGAUCGACGGAUAUAGUGUCAUUAAACGCUAUG